CUAGUUUUCACUAUAAGAAAUGUAGAAAGUGUCAUUAAUGUGCACUGAUAAUUGACCAACUGCUUUCCCUCUUUAUAUAGGCUACCCAUAUAUCACUGAUAAGAUGGUCCCCACCUCCCUUCCUCUGAGAUGAGGCUUUUGUUUGUAAUGCUUGCUCUCUGUCAGCUGCUUGGAUACUGUAUUUCAAACGAGCUGAGACACACACACUGAAGAUGUGUCAUCCUGUUGUUCUUCAGCUUGGCAUAAUGAGAUCACUGUCGUCUUCUCAGGAAACCUUUACACACUUAAUUCACUUGAAACUUUCUUGAACGGUUCUUCAGACUUGUAAACUGGGCAGAAUCUAGAUGAAGAAGAGCUUUCAGGAGGUUUGCUGCCAUCUAUCUCCCUGUGUGGUUCCACAGUCCAGCACAUCAAGUUUUCUCUGAAGACCAUGAAUUAUUUUCAUCCGUGUCCAUACCACAGAUACUACACCAUGCUCUCCUCAGGGAUCGAUCACACACACUGGCCCAGUCACUUCCUCCCACCGAUCCCGCCCGCACCUCAACUGCCUCUGAGUUGGGUGGUGGCAAGUCCCUGCGGCCCUCCAGAAACAACUGGCCGGACUUUACACUUCUUCUAUGGAUCAAUGCCAGUACCGGUGUCCGUCCCUCCCUGGUAUUACAACAAUCUCUUAUGGUCCCAGCCAUCUGUGAACCCAUCACCAAGCCAGAAACUGGGCCCUGUUAAACCCAGCCCCAGAGCCAGCCACAGCCAGGCCCCCGCAGCACCCUGGCCGGAGGGCUUCACCCUGAAGGGGGAACUCCGGUGGGGGAGGCUAGAGAGGGUGUAUGGCCCCCGCAGGGAACUUCCGAACUUUGUCAAGGAAGACUUGCGACGGAUGUACGGCACUUUCCCCCGGACCGAUGUGAGCAUCAGCUGCCAGGGUGGAGAGUUUGUGGUGCACGGGGACCCGCAGGUGGGCGAACAGGAGUACAGAGUGGAGAAGAAAGUGGUGCGUCAGAUGGAGAGCCCUGGGGCGGAGAGUGUGAGUGUGAUAGUGGAGCAGAGAAAAAAGAAGAGAGCAAGGCGUUUUAAGUAGUAAUGAUUUAAUGUGAUUUACUUGUGGUCACAUCCAUAGACUUUAUAUUAGUACUUUUGUUAGCAAGGUGAGGUCUAUCUGAUGUGCAGUGUGUGGAAAUGGAAAAGAUCAAA